GUCUGAAAAUUCCCCCACACUCACGCACACACAAGUUUGUCGCACUUGUGGCAAUCCCCCCUAUUUUGAAACAAAUCCUUUGAUGCUGACCGGGAACCUCCCAAAGCUCUUAGCGUUCAGCGGAUCUGCUCCAAGUGCGAUCGGCGUUGCGGCGGCGCGCAGUCUCUGCUCUGGAGGCGUACUCGUGGCACACAGCACACCAGGGCCAGGAAUGCACAGCGCCGCGCGUGAUGCCCCCCGCGCAGUGGCCGCAGCAGAAGAAGGAGUGGCAAAUCCGACCCGCUCUGGUUCUGAUGACGCGCAUCCCGGGUACGUCCCAGAGCCGACCGAACCCGGCGAUCGGCGACACCGCCUCGUCAUUGUCGGAUCUGGCUGGGGUGGCUUCUCGCUCCUCAAGUACGCUGAUGCGAAGCGCGUGCACGUCUCGAUGGUCUCCGCGCGGCCCUUCUUCUUGUUCACCCCGCUGCUCGCGAGCACCUGCGUUGGCACCCUCGAGUUCCGCUCCAUCCAGGAGCCUGUUCGCAACAUGCGGUUCCCCAAUGAGGGCGACUUCCACCAGGCGAUUGUCACGGGAGUCGACACGUCCAAGCAACUGCUCCUGUGUCAGAGCGCGCUGGACGCGUCGUACAAGUACUCGGUGCACUAUGACACGCUCGUUCUCGGCGUGGGAAUGCGUCCAAACACGUUCAACAUUGAGGGUGUCACAAAGUACGGGCACUUUCUCAAAGAGCUGGCCGAUGCGCGCGCCAUCCGCGUUCACCUCCUGCGCAACCUCGAGCUGGCCUGCGAGCCGGGCGUCUCUGCAGAGGAGCGCCAGCGCCUGCUCACUGUCGUGAUUGCCGGAGGCGGAGCAACCGGCGUCGAGUUUGGUGCGGAGCUCCACGAUUUUCUCGUCCAGGAUUUGCCAAAGCUCUAUCCGCACCUGCAAGACCACAUCCGCAUUGUGCUGGUGGAGCCGAACGACAUCCUCGGCGCAUUUGACUCGCGGCUGCGGACGUUCGCCGAGCGCAAGAUCCGACAGCGGCGAGACAUGACGAUCGUCCGCAAGUUUAUUGUCGACGUGACGGAAAAGAAUGUGCACUUCAAGGACGGCACCACGCAUCCCUUUGGCGUGCUCGUGUGGGUCACGGGUCUGGCACCUUCGCCGCUUGCUGUGUCCCUUUCCCAGUUUCCAAAGAACAAGCAACACCAGUUUGUAGUGGACCAACAGCUGCGCGUGACGGGCAUUCCCAACGUUUACGCUCUCGGCGAUUGUGCUGCCAUGACCCCUGCGCUGCCCUGCACUGCCCAGGUCGCGGAGCGCCAAGGUCGCUAUCUCGCGUCCGUUCUCAGUAAUUUGGGAAGCGAUUCGGCCGCCGUUGCGUCCGCUCCCCCAUUUGUCUUCAAGUCGAUGGGCAUGAUGGCGUAUGUCGGCGACCACGAUGCCAUUUCGGAUUUGCCUGUGACCAAGCUCUCGGGCAUUAUGGCUUGGUGGCUUUGGUUCAGUGCCUACCUCACGCGCCUUGGAGCUUGGCGCUUGCGCCUGCAAGUUCCGUUCGACUGGUUCCGCUCGCGGCUCUUUGGUCGUGAUAUUUCCCGAUUUUGAUUACUUUUGCUCGACUUGUUACAUGCAAAUACUUGUUGCAAGGUUGCUCGACUCCGACGGGGACGGCACACACAAUCGGCUGGACCCUCGAAGUGCCGGCUGUAUGGAUGUUUGAUGUUGCACUGCUUUCGAGGCUCCUGUUGUCCUUUCAGUGCAAGUCGGGCUACAGUUGCCCUUCUUGCCAGCUUUGCUGUUUGGACGUUGGUAUUAAUAAAGAGCUCUGUACGCCACCACUCCA